UUUGCUACGUGUACGUAUAAUUUCUCCAAGUGCUGCUAGGACGUCGCAGAAUACAGGAAAGUUAUUCUUAUGAAAGGAAAAUUCUUACUUGCCACAAUGCCUUUCUGACAGCUGGUACUAAUCAUUUCCAAAGGCGAGAGCAACCCUGCCAUGUAGCGAGUGUUCACUGGUGCGCCCUUUGUACUAUGAUGCUCCGGCAAAAGUUUGUUUUAAGUUUCAUGUAAGAUGCGUACAACAUGUACAGACUUAAAUGAUGAUUGUCAUGAAAUGUGCAAGGUCAUUUGAACAGUAAUGGAACCUUGGAGUGCUCUGUCUUUUAGGUGAAAUGGAGCGGUAGUAUUUAUUACUGUAAUGUAUAAUUAAUUAUCUAGUGUAACUCGCAAUGAGUUCCUAAUGAAUGACUAUAUCCAGGUGCUGUGGGAAACAAAAAUGAAGCCAUGAAACAAAAUGGGGUUUCAAUGUGCCCAGUCAAGUAGAUAGCAAUUUUGCUCUGAGAAGAUGGAUUUGAAAUGAUGCAGACUCUUCCUGUUAUCAGCGUACAGUACCAAUUCAUUCCAGGUCUGUCACUGUUUGAAUGAGUGCCUCAUGUCGAUGCGCCAGGACUGAUGAAUGAUUUUCAGCUUUGGACAGCACUACACAGUUCAGGAGCAAGAAUGUUUAGCACUGCACAAACUUCCAAAACACAGUUCCUGGACAAAGCCCGGGCGGCUCGGGAAGAGAGGAAAGGGCAGAAGGAACGUGAGCGUGCAACUAUUCAGAUUCAAGCACUGGUCAGGAGGUACCUCUGCAGGUGUCGGCUGCUUAGAGAAAUCAGGAUGGAAGUUGAUGAUUUUUUUGACAUCAAUGAAGCAAAUUCAUCAAAAAGAAGCGCACUUGCUAUAUUUAAAAUCACAAGAAAGUUACUCUUUGUGUAUCACAUGAAAGAAGAUAAAGAGAGACUUCAGAAGCUGUGCCGCUGUAUCCUUAAUAGCAUGGAAGUGGAGAAUGAGCCCAAGGUCUGCUAUGUGUCAAUGGCACUUUCCAAAGAUCUCACCCUGUCAUGGAUCAAACAAGUUAAAGACCUACUCUGGCUUUGCUGUGAGUUUCUGAAGCUACUUAAGCCUGAUAUUCUGCAGGACUGUAAGUUCAUCACAUUGUAUCUCACCAUGCUGGUCACAUUCACAGACACCUCAACAUGGAAAAUACUGAGAGGGAAAGGAGAAGUUCUGAGGCCUGCCAUGAAUCACAUCUGUGCCAACAUCAUGGGACAUCUCAAUCAAAAGGGAUAUUACACUGUGCUCCAGAUCUUGUUAACAAAUGGACUGGCAAGAUCCAAACCAUCUUUGUCCAAAGGCACCUUAACGGCCAUUUUCACCCUUGCAUUACGCCCAGUGAUUGCUGCCCAUUUCUCAGACAACCUACUCCGUUCCUUUCUGCUGCACAUCAUGUCAGUCCCAGCACUGGUGACACAUCUCUCUACGAUAGUACCUGAGUGUAUGGCUAUGGUCCAUUCCCAUGAGCUGCUACGGAAAUUCAUCCUGUUUUUAAGUCGAGACGAGCAAUGUGGUGAUAUCUGUGUAUGCUUGGAGGGAAGCCAUACGCUUUGUCUGCAGGGGAAUCUAAUUUAUCUGGCCUACCUGUCUGAGAAUGUGUUGGAGGAAGAGACAAAUCACUUUGUCAGUGCGCUGACUGCCACGCUCUCGUAUUGCCAGAAAUAUGUAUCUCAGAAGAAGUCCAACCUGACGCACUGGCACCCCGUACUUGGUUGGUUCUCCCAAACUGUUGAUUAUGGGUUGAACGAAGCAAUGCCUCUAGUCACCAAGCAGUUGCAGUACUUGUGGAGUGUCCGGGUCAUUCGUAUGCUUUUCCAUGAUGUGUUGAGUAAGAAACUGGUUGAGAAUCAAGACAUAACACAUACUCAACACUCCAGUCCUUCAAACAACAUUCAUGUCAAAAAUCUCUUCAGACGAGCAUUUCAGAAGUCAGCCUCCAUGCGAAACAUUCUGAAGCCAGUUGGUGGGAAGCGUGUGGACUCUCCAGAAGUGCAGAAGGUUUGCAGUAUCUGUGUGCUAUAUCAGACAGCACUGACUACACUCACCCAGAUUCGACUCCAGAUUCUUACUGGGUUAACCUACUUAGAUGACUUGUUGCCCAAGUUGUGGGCUUUCAUAUGUGAACUAGGACCCCAAGGGGGCCUGAAGCUAUUCCUUGAGUGUCUGAACAAUGAUACCGAGGAAUCCAAGCGACUUCUUGCAAUGCUGAUGUUAUUUUGUGACUGCUCACGGCACCUUAUCACGAUCUUGGAUGACAUUGAGGUGUAUGAGGAGCAAGUCUCAUUCAAGCUGGAAGAGCUGGUCACCAUCUCCUCCUUCCUGAAUAAUUUUGUAUUUAAAAUGAUCUGGGACGGCAUUCAGGAAAAUGCAAAAGGAGAGCAACUGGAGCUGUUCCAUUCCGUUCAUGGGUGGCUGAUGACUCUGUAUGAGCGAGACUGCCGGCGACGCUUUGCUCCUGAGGAUCACUGGCUACGCAAGGAUCUGAAACCCAGCUUGAUAUUCCAGGAUCUGGAUAAAGGGAAGAAGAGGGCCCAGUUACUAUUGCAGUACAUCCCCCACACUAUUCCGCACAAAAACAGGGUGCUGCUUUUCCGGAACAUGGUAACAAAGGAGAAAGAGUCACUGGGGUUGGUGGAGACAAGUUCUGCAUCCCCUCAUGUCAUCCACAUUACAAUACGCAGAUCCCGAAUGCUUGAGGAUGGGUACGAACAGUUACGGCGACUACCUGUAAACACUAUGAAAGGAGUCAUCAGAGUGAAAUUUGUGAAUGAUCUAGGAGUAGAUGAGGCUGGGAUUGACCAGGAUGGUGUCUUCAAAGAAUUUUUAGAAGAAAUCAUCAAGAAGGUUUUUGACCCUGCUCUGAAUCUCUUCAAGACGACCAGUGGAGAUGAGCGAUUGUACCCUUCUCCCACUUCUUACAUCCAUGAGAAUCACUUGCAGCUGUUUGAAUUUGUUGGAAAGAUGUUGGGCAAAGCUGUCUAUGAGGGAAUUGUAGUGGAUGUCCCAUUUGCUUCCUUCUUCCUCAGUCAGGUGCUGGGACAUCAUCAUAGUGCUUUGUACAGCUCAAUCGAUGAACUUCCCUCCCUGGAUUCGGAAUUCUACAAAAAUCUCACCUCCAUAAAGCGUUAUGAUGGUGACAUUGGUGACCUUGGUUUGACAUUAUCCUAUGAUGAGGAUGUUAUGGGUCAGCUUGUUUGCCAUGAGCUGGUGCCUGGGGGAAAGACCAUUGGAGUUACCAAUGAAAAUAAAAUCAGUUACAUCCACCUCAUGGCUCACUUCCGAAUGCACACUCAGGUUAAAGAUCAGACGAUUGCUUUCAUCCGAGGAUUCCGGUCCAUUAUUAACCCAGAAUGGCUCCGUAUGUUCUCAACUCCUGAAGUACAACGUUUAAUUGCUGGAGACAAUGCAGAGAUCGACCUGGAGGAUCUCAAGAAGCAUACUGUGUAUUAUGGUGGUUUCCAUGGCAGUCAUCGUGUUAUUACCUGGCUGUGGGAUAUCUUAGCUCGAGAUUUCACGGCAGAAGAACGAGCCAUGUUUCUUAAGUUUGUCACUAGCUGUUCUCGGCCGCCACUCCUGGGCUUUGCCUACCUCAAGCCACCCUUCUCCAUUCGAUGUGUGGAGGUGUCAGAUGAUCAGGACACUGGAGAUACACUAGGAAGUGUGCUACGGGGUUUCUUUACCAUCCGCAAAAAGGAACCAGGUGGUCGGCUGCCAACCUCUUCCACCUGCUUCAACCUUCUUAAACUUCCCAACUACAGUAAGAAGAGCAUCCUGCGAGAGAAGCUCCGCUAUGCAAUCAGUAUGAACACUGGAUUUGAGCUCUCCUAAUCACUAUGACAAAGACAUGGGUGUGCAUACACCUUUGUGCACGUAUGCAGCUGUGCGCUGCACAGGACUGCUGUGGUCAGAGUAUCCAUGUUGAUCAAAGAAAUCCAAAUGAUGUCGCACCAACAACGAUGAAUCAUUUGGACAUGAAGACCAUGAUGUGUUUCAGGGUAAAGCUGAGUGACCAAGACUCUCGUCACCUGUUAGAUUCAUUUCCCUAAAGGGGCAGAAGUAUAAAUCCAUUGCCAAUAUAGACAGAUCUCUGAAUGAAUCAGAAUAGUUAAACUGACCUCCUCCUGACUGAGGUAUGGACUAUUUGAUUCACAGCGUCCAAAGUCCAGCUUUAUCUUGAUUUGCACUGCCCAAUAAUUAAGAGGAUUCAUUAACACUUCACUCACAUAACUGUAUCCAGGAUUACAAAGUUAUAGGUUCUUUUAAGGAUACCACAAAGAAAUGUUCUAGAGUUUCUACAUUUUGCUAUUGUACACUAUCACAAUAUACAAUGUAUUGAAAAUUGCUUUAGCAGAUGUUCCUCGAAAGACAGGAGGUGACUAUUAUGAAAGCUGAAAGGUAUUUCAGUACCAGAAUUCAUGUAUUGUUUGGUUAUGAUGGUUUUGGCAAAGUUGUUUUCAUCUAGUUCCCUCCUGCCACUAUUACUCGACACUCAAUCACAACAUCGCCUGGAUCAGCCAAACCAAUAUGCCAUUUAUAAUUGUACAAUGAGCAGUGAAUCAAUGUGAGUGAUCAGUGAAUCAAUGCAAAUGAUCAAGUCACUAAUGAAUAAGACGCCCUUAUUUCCUCUCUCCCACUCCCACCACCCUCCCCGGCUCAUUGAUUCGUGGUGCUGCCACCUUAAUGUAAAAGAAAAUUCAGUGAAAGAGGUGGCAGCAAAUUCUAACACUUCACUUCCAGUGUUAGCACUGGACUUUGGAACAAACAAUAUAUUAUGUCAGUUUUAUUUUCCCUCUGUUUUGCUAAAUCUAGAUGACGUGGGACUGUACAGAAAUGUUGGCAGGCUGCUGAAUCACAAGUAUUUCAAUGGAAAGGGUUUGAUUAACUCCAUGUGUAUCUUCAUCUAAACCCCAAGACUGUAUUUUAUUUUUAAACUACCAGGCAGCAUCUGUUAUUAAUAAUUUAUAGUAAGUAGUGAAUAUUUAAUGUAAAAUAACCUUUUUUAAGGAGUUUUGAUGGACAGGGAAUUUGGCAACUGCAUGGUCUAGAAUAUCUUUGGAGAUGAGACUAUAAUUUUAACAAAUUAUUUUGAAUAGUAAAUUAGAAAAGUUUACUAUUCAGUUCAUUAAAAUAAGUUAUGAUUAACCUAUGUGAAUUUAUUCAGCAUUGAUUGUAUACUAUAUUUUAAGCAGGUUUAUUCAUUGAUAUUAUUAAAAAAAAUACAUGUUC